CUUGUGAUUUCUUAAUUUAUUUAAUUAUUUCUAUAAAAAAAAGCACCCCUUUCAUAUGGAGCUCCAAUGGUGAUCCAUGUAUUGAAAGUUGAGAAGCCACCAACAAAUAGUCGUUGUUUCCCUAACAUUAGAAGAAAAAAUUACAAGCCACAGUCCCAAAACUUUUUUCCAAAUAACAUGGAUGAGUUAAAACCCACAAGGGCAAACUCCACCCCUCUCACCCCUUUAAGCUUCUUGGAGAGAACAGCUCUUGUCUACGGUGACUGCCCCUCUAUCAUCUACAACACCACCACCUACACCUGGUCCGAAACUCGCCAUCGAUGCCUCCAAGCCGCCUCCGCCAUCACUACCAUCGGAAUUAAAAGAAAACAAGUGGUUUCGGUGGUGGCUCCCAAUGUACCCGCGGCUUAUGAGCUUCACUUCGCGGUCCCUAUGGCCGGAGCCAUACUCAAUAACAUCAACACUCGUCUCAAUUCAAUAACAAUCUCGACACUUCUACAUCACAGUGAAUCAAAACUUGUGUUUGUCUAUCACGAACUUUGCUCCCUAGUUCUUGAAGCCGUCUCUCUUCUCCCCUCAGAACAUCCCCAUCCUCUUCUUAUCCUCAUUUCGGACAACGAUGAUAACUCACCAACACCUGGUGAAUUCUGGGGUAGCUAUGAAGACCUUCUUAAGGGAGGAGAUCCUAUGUUCAAGUGGAUCGCACCUGAAAGCGAGUGGGACCCAAUUGUCCUCAACUAUACAUCAGGAACAACAUCUUCACCCAAAGGUGUGGUCCAUUGCCAUCGAGGGACCUAUAUCUCUGCCCUCGACGCUGUAAUGGACUGGUCGGUACCGAAGCAGGCAGUUUACUUGUGGGUACUAUCAAUGUUCCAUGUUAAUGGAUGGGCCUUCACCUGGGGUAUGGCAGCUGUGGGUGCAACAAAUAUUUGCCUACGACAAUUCGACGGUGCUAAAAUUCAUGAUCUCAUACGUCGCUACCAAGUGACUCACUUGUGCGCUGCACCUGUGGUCCUUAACAUGCUCACUGAUAAAUCUAAUACUGCGGCUACUCAAAUCCUGGACCAUCCGGUGCACGUCCUAACAGCUGGGUCACCCCCGCCAGCAUCUGUAAUCCUUCGAGCUGAAGCACUUGGAUUUGUUGUUAGUCAUGGUUAUGGACUAACCGAGACUGGUGGGGUGACUGUUUCAUGCGCAUGGAAGCCCAAAUGGAACGGUCUGCCUGCGAAUGAGAGAGCGCAACUGAGAGCUCGUCAAGGGGUUCGCACCCUUGCGAUGACCGCUGUUGAUGUAGUAGAUCCAACAACCAAUAAACCUGUGAGUCGAGAUGGAAAAACUAAUGGGGAGAUUGUGCAGCGAGGGAGUUGUAUAAUGCUUGGCUACUUCAAGAACCCUCAAGCGACGUUGAAUUGUAUGGGAGAUGAUGGGUGGUUUAGGACUGGAGAUCUUGGAGUGAUGCACGCAGAUGGAUAUAUAAUGAUCAAAGAUAGAUCGAAAGAUAUAAUUAUAAGUGGGGGUGAGAAUAUUAGUAGUGUAGAGGUGGAGUCAGUGCUGUAUACUUUUCCGGGGGUUAAUGAGGCCGCGGUGGUGGCACAGCCACAUGAGUUUUGGGGCGAAACCCCAUGCGCAUUCGUGUGCUUCAAUACAGAAGUUAAGGUACGGCCGACUGAGAAAGAGAUAAUUGACUUCUGUAGGGACAGAUUGCCUCAUUACAUGGUUCCCAAGAAGGUCAUUUUUAAGGAUGACCUCCCCAAGACAGCAACAGGAAAGAUUAAGAAAUUGGUGCUAAGAGAAAUAGCGAGAGCAAUGAUCAUGGGUCCAGCAAAAUCAAGUCGUCUGUAGAUUUAUUUUCCUGUGAUUAAAGUCAUUUAGCAUAUGCUCAAAUGGAAAGAUAUAAAGGUUUGAAUAAUAGAGGUACCGCAUCCUUAUUUUUUUCAGUCAAAUUUCCUACUGCUCAAGGCAUAUAUAUGUAUGAAAUUAAAUGUUCAACAUCGUCCAAUUUCUCUGUUUGGAAUUAUAUCGUUGAACUCGAAGGUACAACGCAUAUCAUAAUUCAUAACGAUGAAUUUUUUUAA